GCCACUUCAGCCAGAACUUUAUAAAUUUCAGCAUAAUCAGCCAGAACAGCCGAUUUUCGUGCUACCAAACGGGCUCUAUAUCUAUAUCUAUUAGUUUAUGUUGGAUUUAAACUCAACAUUGCCGCCAUCUAUGGGAAAAGAUCAAAAACAUUCAUGUGUUCUUGGUUGGGUUCUGAAAAUAUCGUGUUCUUGAAUCUGCAAAUUAUUGGAGACGAAGAAGCCAACGGCUUCUUCAGAGCAACAAGCCGAGCGCGGGUCUCCUCCAACAGCGACCACCCGUAGGCCCAUGCGCUUCGCAACACCGCCUUGUUCAUUAUGGAUAACGUUAGCCACACCAAGUGGGCCCGGAGCAACAGAAACUGUCUUUUCGCAAUAAAAGGUACCACUUAACGCGGCUAGUGGUUGAGGUGAUGAGUGGGACCAUGAAGUGACGGCUAUAGUGCUAAGCCUUGUGACCCGAACGGGAGAGCAUCGCAUCCGGCAGUCGGCCCCCGACUACCUAUUGAGCGAGGGGAAGAGAUUAACCCCGCUUCAGCAUUCCGGCCAACCCGGACGAGAUUACCUGGCCGGUGGGAGUAAGGCUCGUCGUAUGGGUGUGUCAUGUGUGUCCCUGGGUGUGAGUGAUCCGUUCCGAACGAUAUAAAAGAUCGGGUCCUGGAAACCACCCCAAGGUGGGAUGACUGACUUAAUCACUUAGAGUUUUGGAGCGUUGACCAGCAACCUUGGCGUCCAGCCAGGUCCAGUAAAAAUAGACCAGCACUAAACUCCCAGCGUACCAAUGGGUUCCCAAGCAGCAACAUCAUGUACCGAACGGGACGCCCUAGAAUCCGUCACCCUGUGCGCUGACUAGAGUACUGGAGCCUUCUCUCUUGGUGCCAACCUGGUCCGAGUAUCCGAUGAGGGAGCCCAACUCACCGCCCGACAUGCAUCCCCUGCCUAGCACCGGCAAUCCAGUAUACUAGACCAACCGGCCGUUCUAUCGAUUUGCAAUCACGAUUGAUCCAGCACCCAUAUUGAUCCACCACACUUGCCCGACAUCAUUGAUCUAUGUAUGAAUACUCCUGAGGCCACACAUCAUUCUCGCAGAAGUCACAUAGGGGAUGUAAGUGUCUUGAUCGAGAGUAUGCAUGCACGGGGAGGCCCUCUCCAUGAACGAAGAUCUGGACCGUGCAAAUACAGGAAGACUGCCGAUUCGACUUUUCAGCUGAACUAACGGCCGCCCGGAUGGCCGGCUCAGGCCUCCUCCGGGCAUUAUCACUGAUCGGGACAAGGGCGGCGGCAUAGCUACCCGACGUCAUCAGCCUCUCUCGGCCAGUCGCCCCCAGCUCCUUUCCGUCCGACAUCUCUUUAUUCGAUAAGUUGUAACUUGCUGAACGACAUUCAAGACCGACAGUCUGCACCAGGGCACAUGAUUAACUGGCCAUUGUUGCCGGAUUAACCAUCCUUGGAGACCACCUCGAGUAUGGGUUUCCACGCAGGCUCCCGAACGGGACACGUUCCACUCCGUACGGGAUAAUUUUGGGGGUAAUUCCUUGGGUUAAGCCCCUCGAUCGAGAUAAGCAUUUUUAUAUGGGUUCCCAACUAUUGGGCUACAGCUGGAGAAUGGAGAAGCAAUUGGGCGGAUUUAUAAGGUGGUGGGAUUUUCAAUUUGUAAAGGUUACAAGCGACUGGCAUAGGGCCUACAUUAUUGAUUACUGGGUCAAACCACCUUCGCCAAUUACAAAUCUCCGGGCCAACAACUUGGCCUGCACCUAAAAUUCGGCCUAUUCCAGCUAAGUAACGCCAUUCAUUUGCUUGAUUUAAUCUAAGCAGUGCUAUUGUUAUUAUUAUUUGAUCACUAUAUCUAGCAGGGAUCAAAGUAUCUCGAGUUAAAUAAUGUCGAGUGAAUCUCGGAUGAUUAAGUGCAACGUCAUUUUUAAAUUAAAUGAUUGAUAUUACGGGGGCCGUUGGCCUACCCCGAUCGGCCUUAAUUAGCGGUCAGAGCGUCUUUGAAGGGCGUUAUCCUGAUGACGCGCAUUUUAAUUUAAAAAUCGUACAUGGUUUCGCACGACACCAAGUGACCGAACGACAACCAUGCACAGUAUGGGGUGAAGUACGUACUUUGAUUAGUUAGGUCUAUUUUGAGAGGCGUCCGCCAAACCACUAGGUGGUUCUGAUAGCACAUGGGCAGUGCGAAAAAUGAAUCUAGGUCGAGGGUUAUUGUACUACUUCGGCAGGUAGUCAUGAUGAUGGAGUAUAUAGGGCUAGGCCCCAGGACCCACAUACUCAGAAGAACAGAAAGUACAGGCCACUACGCGGUGCCCUCAUCGGCCAAAGGACCCUCGUCGGCCAGAGAGGGACCGACCCAGAAUAUGAUCCUGAAGCCAGUGAACCAGGGUGUCCUCAUCGGUCGUGCCCUCAUCGGCCGUGCCCUCGUCGGCCAGACCCUCGUCGGCCAUGGAAGUCUCACAGAACUAGAUUUUACACUUAUUCAUUUAUAUAUCCAUCAUUUACUUUGUAUUCGGCCCAAUAGCGGUCCAGUUGUAAAUGGGCCUCACAAGCCCAAGGCUCGGGAGCCCAGCCCGUAUUUUUCCUAUAAAUACUUCCUCUAGAGGAAGUUAUAGGGGUUACAAAAUCAUUCUAUUGAAGCAUUUACUUGCACUUCUCUAUCUAGCUCUCACCUCUCUCUAGAUAUAUACUCUCUCACAUGAAUUAAAGAGAAAAAAUGUUAUACAUGUAAAUUGUAUGUAUAUAUGUGUUGUUCGGCCAUACAACCGUAUUACUAUGCUUAUUGUGCAGUGGAAUACGUUCGAUAUGUUUGAGCUUGGAGAUCCCUGAUGUUUGGCAUGAAGCGCGAAGACGUUCAUGACCGGAAAAUAAAAAAAAAGAAAUCACAAUCAAGCGAUAUGCUUGAGCGAAGAUCAAUGACAUUUGACGAUGGCAAUGUAAGGACCAUGGCAAUGACCAUGGCAACGUAAGGAUCAUCUUAUGCAACACGAUCGGUCCCUCAGCACCAUCGUGUCUAGUUCAUAUUCGACGAUGGCAAUGUAAGGACCAUGGCAAUGAUCAUGACAACGUAAGCACCAUUUUAUGCAGCACGAUGGGCCCCUCAGCGCCAUCGUUUCUAGUUCGUAUUCGACGAUGGCAAUGUAAGGACCAUGGCAAUGACCAUGGCAACGUAAGCACCAUCUUAUGCAGCACGAUUUUCCCUCAGCGCCAUCGUGUCUAGUUCGUAUUCGACGAUGGCUAUGUAAGGAUCAUGGCAACGUAAGCACCAUCUUAUGCAGCACGAUCGGCCCCUCAGCGCCAUCGUGUCUAAUUCGUAUUCAACGAUGGCUAUGUAAGGACCAUGGCAAUGACCGUGGCAAUGUAAGCACCAUCUUAUGCAGCACGAUCGGCCCCUCAGCGCCAUCGUGUCUAGUUCGUAUUCGAUGAUGGCUAUGUAAGGACCAUGGCAAUGACCAUGGCAACGUAAACACCAUCUUAUGCAGCACGAUCCGCCCCUCAGCGCCAUCAAGUCUAGUUCGUAUUCGACGAUGGCAAUGUAAGGACCAUGACAAUGACCAUGGCGAUGUAAGCACCAUCUUAUGCAGCAUGAUCUUCCCCUCAGCGCCAUCGUGUCUAGUUCGUAUUCGAUGAUGGCAAUGCAAGGACCAUGGAAAUGACCAUGGCAACAUAAGCACCAUCUUAUGCAGCACAAUCGGCCCCUCAGCGCUAUCGUGUCUAGUUCAUAUUCGACGAUGGCUAUGUAAGGACCAUGACAAUGACCAUGGCAACGUAAACACCAUCUUAUGCAGCACGAUCGGUCCCUCAGCGCCAUCGUGUCUAGUUCGUUUUCGACGAUGGCAAUGUAAGGACCAUGGCAAUGACCAUGGCAACGUAUUUUCAAAUUACAGCAAGGACCAUCUUAGUUUGAAGAUGGACGGCAAUUUGAAGAUGAUGUUGGACCUGGAGCAUGGACGAGCCGAGCGGACGUCGGGUCAAACCCAGGCGAAUCGAACGGGGGAUCGAAGCUAUGGUUAAAAGCCUCACCUCGACCGCAAGUGUAAGUGAAUCGUUCGGCCAUGGCCGAACGAGGAUCCUCACUUCGGUCUGGAGGAGAGCCAUCGUCUUAGCUAGGUUUGACCUUGCGUUCCGGAUGACCGAAUGAGGGUUAAAACCAGUUUGAAGAUAAAAUGAAAGCCUCAUCUAGAAUGUGGUCUGGAGGAGAGCCAUCAUUUUAUCUAGGUUCGACCUUGCGUUCUGAAUGACCGAACGAGGGUUUCAAAUCAAUUUGAAGAUGAUGUUCGACCAGGAGCAUGGACGAGACGAGCGGACGUCAGGUCAAACCUAGGCGGAUCGAACGGGGGAUCGAAGCUAUGGUUAAAAGCCUCACCUCGACCGCAAGUGUAAGUGAAUCAUUCAGCCAUGGCCGAACGAGGAUCCUCACUUCGGUCUGGAGGAGAGCCAUCGUCUUAGCUAGGUUUGACCUUGCGUUCCGGAUGACCGAACGAGGGUUCAAACCAGUUUGAAGAUGAUGUUAAACCAAGAGCAUGGACGAACCGAGCGGACGUCGAGUCAAACCUAGGCGGAUCAAACGGGGGAUCGAAGUUAUGGUUGAUCGGGGGACUUGUUCGUAUUCGAUGAUGGCAAUGUAAGCACCAUGGCAAUGACCAUGGCAACGUAAGUACCAUCUUAUGCAGCACGAUCGGCCCCUCAGCGCCAUCGUGUCUAGUUCGUAUUUGACGAUGGCAAUCUAAGGAACACUGCAAUGACCAUGGCAACGUAAGCAUCAUCUUACGCAGCACGAUCAGCCCCUCAGCGCCAUCGUGUCUAGUUCGUAUUCGAUGAUGGCAAUGUAAGGACCAUGGCAAUGACCAUGGCAACGUAAGCACCAUCUUAUGCAGCACGAUCGGCCCCUCAGCGUCAUCGUAUCUAGUUCGUAUUCGACAAUGGCUAUGUAAGGACCAUGGCAAUGACCAUGGCAACGUAAGCACCAUCUUAUGCAGCAUGAUCGGUCCCUCAGCACCAUUGUGUCUCGUUCGUUUUCGACGAUGGCAAUGUAAGGACCAUGGCUAUGACCUUGGCAACAUAAGUCCAUAUCACAGCAAGGACCAUCUUAUGCUGCACGAUCGGCCCCUCAGCGCCAUCAUGUCUAGUUCUCGUUCGACGAUGGCAAUGUAAGGACCAUGGCAAUGACCAUGGAAAUGUAAGGACCAUCUUAUGCAGCACGAUCAGCCUCUCAACGCCAUCGUGUCUAGUUCUCGUGGUCGGGCUCGUCGAUCUCUAAUCUGGGAUGGCGACCGCCGCUUUAUGCAGCACGAACGACUGGCUCUUCAGCGCUGUCUUGCCUUCUUUUUGAUCGGGCUCGUCGAUCCUUGAUCUAGGAUGGCGACCGCCUCUUUAUGCAGCACGAAAGACUGGCUCUUCAGCACCGUCGUGCCUUCUUUUUGAUCGGGCUCGUCGAUCCUUAAUCUAGGAUGGCGACCGCCACUUUUUGCAGGGCGAACCGCCGUCUCUUCAGCGCUGUCGUGCCUAGUGUAGGGACUGCACCUCAUCUAUCACUUAUGAAUGCCUUGCGUCCAAUACUAUUCAAAGACACUGGUCCAGGGAAGGCAUGGAAAGACGUGAGCAAGAGUAUACUUUCUCGAGUAGAUUCACAGGCUCACUACUCAAGAAUCUGGGGGACUUGUGUUGGGGAAUGUUAUUCUGGCCUGUUACUGUUCAGGGGCCCAAGGCAUUAUCCCGGUGUGGAGCCCAACCGGCGUGGCCCAUUUAGGCCUACUCGGCCCAUUAAGGCCAAUUCCGGCCCAUUAGGCUAGAAAGCCCCCUUCCCCUUCUUCUAUAAAUAGGAAACAAAGCUUCCAUGUAAAAUGAUCUUUUUCUCUUCUCUCCUGCUAUUCCUUCUUGUUAAUGUCUAGGUUAGAUAAGCUCAUCAACUUUCAUUAAUGGAGGUUCCCAAGAUUUGUAUAUGUAUUUUGGUGAGGAGAGUUAAUGAGAAAGAGCGGGCUUGGACGUUAGCCUAAAAAGUCCCGUGGUUUUCUCACUUUCCGGAUUUCCACGUAAAAACAGAACAUUUCAUACAUAUUAUAUCUAUAUCUAUUAGUUUAUGUUGGACUUAAACUCAACAAUAAUUACUAUUAUUAUUAAAAUCAUUAGAAUAGUAAAAGUGAUAAAUCAUGUUUGAACUUUUAUGAUCUGAAUGUUUUUUAUCCGAUCUGAAUAUUUCUGAUCUGAUCUGAAUAUUUUUUAUCUGAUCUGAAUGUUUCUGAUCUGGUCUGAUCUGAAUUUUUCUGAUCUGAUCUGAAUAAAAAAUGAAUAAGCAAUAAGUAAUAAGAAUAAGACGAGCAUAACAGCUUCUUGAUGUUCAUAAUGAUAUUUGAGUAAUUUAUGAACUACAUGUUAAUGAUGAUAUGUGAGUAACCUAUAAAUUAGAUGUUCAUAAUGAUAAUUGUGUAAUCUAUGAACUACAUGUUCAUGAUUAUUAUAUGUGAGGAAUCUAUGAAGCAUAUGUUCAUAAAUCAUAAUGACAAUUGGAGUAAUCUAUGGAUCCUUAGUUCUUAAUGAAUUUUUGAGUAAACUAUGAACCACAAUUUCAUAAUGAUAUUCAGAGUAAUCCAUGGACAACAUGUUCAUAAUGAUAGGACCGAAAUGACAAACAACCCAAGUUUUCACCUAACUUGGAUAAUAUUUUUGAAUUGAAGAAUAGACGAGUUUCGAGUCUCCACGUUACUUUUAAAACUUUUUUGUAAUACACGGACAACCAGUUUUUUUGCCAAAAGGAGGGUAGUCUUCAAUACUUGGGAAACUUAUUUCCCAAAUGAGGCUAGUUUUUUCCAUAUCACCCAAUUCCCGCCACAUCACCCACUCCACAUCAUUCACCGUCAUUCCACGUUAUGAGUCAUAUGGGUAUUUUUUUAAAACAUAGAAAAAAUCCGAAGCUCUCAGGAAUUGAACUCACCACCAAAAUGAUGCACUUGCAUCUUGCAACCCACUAGACUACAUUGACUUGUUAGUACAAUCACACAUUUGCAAACAUUUAACAUCUAUAUAUUUUUAAUACAACGUAUUUUGAUACAUGCAAUUAUUCAAAAAAUUUAAAAUUACUCUACAUUAAUUAAAUAAAAUAAGAAACAAAUAAAAUAAAACAGAUGGACUAAUUCAUCCCAAAUUUAAUAAAAAAUCUUAUAUUGCUAAUGCAAAAACAUGUGAAAAUAUAAAUUUCACGUACAAAAAUUAAAUAACUUAAUAUAGGUUCAAAUCCACCUCAGACUUGUAAAAUACUUAAAUUAUGAUUGUAAAAAAACUUGUAUUUUAGUGUUGGAUUUUUUAAUUUUUGUAUAUGAAAUAUAUAUUUUUGCAUUCUUUUGCAUCAGUAAUAUAAGAUUUUUUAUUAAAUUUGGGAUGAAUUAGUCCAGCUGUUCUCAUUUAUUUCUUUCUUAUUUUAUUUAAUUAAUGUAGAGCAAUUUUAAUUUUUUUGAAUUGCAUAUAUCAAAAUACGUUGUAUUAAAAAUACAUAUGUUAAAUGUUUGUAAAUGUGUGAUAAUACUAACAAGUUAAUGUAGUCUAGUGGGUUGCAAGAUGCAAGUGCAUCAUUUUGCAAUUUUUUUUUUAUAUUUUAAAGAAUAUACAUAUGGCUGAUGACGUGGAAUGACGGAUGAUAGUGAAUGAUGUGGAGUGGGUGACGUGGUGGAAAUUGGAUGACGUGGAAAACUACCGUCAUUUGGUAAAAAACUAUGAUAGACAACGGGAGUUUUCAUCUAAUAGGACCGAAAUUUCAAAAGUCUCAAUGAUAGAAAACUUUUUUGAUGAACUAAAUUAAGACGGAGUAAAAUUGAUCCUUUCAAAUUUAUAAAACCCUGAAUCCCAGACUUGUGUAUCUCCUGCAAUUAGCACUGAAAUCAGCAGACAGCAGCGCUGUGUUUCUCCAGCAAGAUGAAGUCACUUUCCGAACUCAACGACGAAAUUGUUCGUAGCAUGACAGUUGGAGCGGUGUUCACUGAUUUUGGCGGAAAGAUAAGUUCACUGGAUUUUCAUCGGACUGCUGAUUUAUUGAUAACUGCAAGCGAUGAUGAUUCUGUUAGACUUUUUGACACUGCAAAUGCUCAGCUGUUGAAGACCACAUAUCAUAAGCAGCAUGGUGCUGAUCGAGUAUGCUUUACCCAUCACCCUAGUUCUGUUAUAUGCUCUUCAAGACACAAUUUGGCUACCCAUGGAGAAUCAUUGCGAUACCUUUCUAUGUAUGAUAAUCGAUGCCUUCGUUACUUCAAUGGACAUAAAGAGAGGGUUGUGUCAUUAUGCAUGUCUCCCAUGAAUGAUAGCUUCAUGUCUGGUUCUCUUGAUCAUAGUGUCCGAAUAUGGGAUCUUCGUGUGAACGCAUGCCAGUUUUCAGGGGAUUAUGCACCUUCGAGGCAGACCAACUGUUGCAUAUGAUCAUCAGGGUCUUGUAUUUGCAGUAGCAAUGGAAGGUGGUGCCAUUAAAUUGUUUGAUUCUAGAUCAUAUGACAAGGGUCCUUUUGAUACAUUCCUUGUUGGCGGCGAUACUGCUGAGGUGUGUGAUAUAAAAUUCAGCAAUGAUGGUAAAUCGAUGCUCUUGACAACUACAAGCAAUAGCAUUUAUAUCCUUGAUGCUUAUUGCGGAGAAAAGAGAGGUGGAUUUAACUUGGAACCCUCCCCAAACACCACAAUAGAAGCAACCUUUACUCCUGAUGGACAAUACCUUUUGUCAGGCUCAGGGGAUGGAAACUUACAUGCUUGGAACAUUGAUAAACUAAACAAGGUGGCUUCAUGGGAUAGCCAUGUGGGGAUUGCAUCUUGUGUGAAAUGGGCUCCAAGAAGAGUAAUGUUUGCAGCUGCAUCUUCCGUUCUGACCUUUUGGAUACCUUCUGACACUUCCCUGCCUUUUGCUGCUCCUCCUCCUCCCGGCAAUAAUGUCUCUUCCUAAAUUUGUCAUUAAGUUAACUGCAACACUCAUGUUUCCCUUGGCUUCCAUGGCUGGGCAGAAAGGCUGCUACCGUCUCUCUUGUUUUUUUUUUGUUUUUCCUAGGGCGGGUUUUGUUAUUAAAAAUGUAAAAAUCCCCUAGCAAAUGUGUGUAUUUCAAUCUAGUUAGAGUCUUAGAGACCCACUGGCAUUCGUGAUGAAAUGCAGUCUCCGGCUUGUAAUUGCAAUUAACUAACAUAGAAACGCAAACAGAGUUCGUAAUUGCAAUUCAUCAAUCAUCAUCAUCGAAAUCCACAUUAGUUUUUUUUUUUUAAAUCGCUAUGGUUUUUAUGAUCUGUUCCAGGUUCUUUUGUUUCUUAUUAUUUGAUGGGAA